AUGAAGAGAGUCGGAAGCUUCCUCAAACCGUGUUUGCCCAGUGUCCCCCGAGUCUUUAAUUUCUUGGCUGAACAAGAAUUUGUUAAUGUUAUUUCUUUAUUUUUUUUAUCGAUAAAAAACCUCUGCUAUUUGACCUUGAAGUCCCAGAAUUUUGAAGAGCAUUUUGUUGAGCUAGCAAAGCAAAUAAUGGUUGAUGCUGUGGUUAGCGCUUUCUUGGAGAAACUUCUUAACACUCUCACAGAGGAGAGCCAGUUUGUGACAAAGUAUAGGGAGCAUUUUGAAAGACUAAAGGAGCAUCUACUGCUCAUGCAGAGCUUCCUCAAAGAUGCGGAAAGACUCAAGAGGAAAAGUGAGCAUAAGACACUCCGGAGUAUCAUGGCCUGCUUGCGAGAACUAAUUUAUGAAGCUGAAGAUAUACUUGUCGAUUGUCAAAGUCAGUCUGAUAAUGGCAAUGGGAGUGCUAAAUAUGCAAUGUGGUUGCAUCCUUCAAAACUUUCAUUUCAACACCAAACUGGGAAGCGCCUCAGUGAAAUCAACGAUAAAAUCGCAGAGAUAAAGCAGAACAUUUCAUCUUUUCUUGGAGUGCCAAUUUUGAAUCCAACAAAUUCGAUGGAGGCACACAAUCAUCUAAUGUCUAGAUGGAGUUCACCUGCAUAUGACCAUACACAAGUGGUUGGCUUAGAAGGUGAUACAGAGAAGAUGAAGGACUGGUUAAUCGAAGGAAGUGAUGGUAUACUUUACAUUGGAAUUGUUGGUAUGGGAGGACUGGGCAAGACAACUCUUGCACAGAAAGUCUUCAAUGAUAGAAGAGUCGAAGAUCACUUUGAAAGAAGGAUAUGGGUUUCUGUUUCUCAAACAUUUACGGAAGAAAAAAUCAUGAGGAGUAUAUUGAGGAGCUUGGGAGAUCCAUGCUUGGGGGAUGAUGAAAGUGAAUUGUUAAAGAAAAUAAACCAGUACCUUUUAGGAAAACGGUACUUGAUAGUGAUGGAUGAUGUGUGGGAUGAAGAUAAUUCUUGGUGGCUCAGAAUAAGUGGGGGGUUACCAAAGGGAAAUGGAAGUUGUAUUAUAAUUACCACAAGAAACGAGACGGUUGCUCGUAAGAUGGGAGUAUAUGAAGCUAGGAUUCAUGUGCCCAAAUUCCUCAGUGAAGAAAAUAGUUGGUUACUUUUUCGUAAGGUAGCAUUUGCUGCUACUGGAGGUGAAUGUGUUUACGAAGAGCUAGAGGUCACGGGGAAAGAGAUUGUUAAGAAAUGUAAAGGCCUUCCUUUAGCUAUCAAAGCUGUUGGAGGAAUAAUGUUGUGUAAGCCACCUCAUAAUCAUGAGUGGAAACGAAUCUUGACGCAUUUUCGUGAAGAGUUAUCAGAAAAUGAUAACUCGGUAAUGGCUUCAUUGCAGUUGAGUUAUGAUGAACUCCCACCUUAUCUGAAGUCAUGUUUCCUCUGUUUCUCACUCUUUCCAGAGGAUUGUGAGAUAGCGAAGGAUCAACUGAUCCAUUGGUGGAUUGCGGAAUAUUUCAUCCCAUUGAGGACUGGUCGUUUAUCGACCGAAGUUGGAGAAGACUGCUUUUCGGAAUUAACAAAUAGAUGUUUAGUAGAGGUGGUUGAUAAAGCUUACGACAAUGAAGUAUAUACUUGUAAAAUUCAUGAUAUGGUCCGUGACUUGGUCUUAAGAAUUGCGAAAGAUGAUGCAUUUUCAAUCCCAUUGGAUGGAAACUCUCGCCAUUUGGGCAUUACAAGUGAUAUGAACGUGAAGCACUUAGCAGCCAACAGAAAAUUGCGAGCAUUGCUUACUACAACCAAGAGUGGUGAAGUAAACCGAAUCCCCUCAUAUGUUGUGGGUAAAUUUUGCCAUUGUCAACGCCUGCACAUAUUGGAUCUUUCCAAAUCAAUCUUUGAUGCCCCUCUUUCAAAGUUGUUGGACGAGAUUGGAUCUCUCGAGCACUUAACGUAUCUUGGCCUUGGCAAUACUCAUCCACUAGUCCUAGUUCCAAAUUCGUUGGAAAAGCUUCAAAAGCUCACGAUAUUUGAUGCAAGUUAUUGCCAGAAUCUGAAAAGGCUCCCAUGUUGUAUUCUGAACUAUGAACAACUUGCUGUCUUGGAUGUGAGUAAUUGUGGGUCACUUGAAUACCUACCCCAAGGACUUGGCAGGCUUACGAAUCUUCAAGUAUUACUUGGAUUUAAGCCUUGUAAAUUAAGCGAGUCAAGGGGUUGUCGGAUUGGUGAACUGAGAAGCUUGAUUCGAUUAAGAAGACUGAGUUUGCAUCUGUCUCAUGGUGAUGAAAUUGGAGAUGAUGAGGUCAGUGCAUUACUAAAUCUCCAUGAACUGCUUUUUUUAACAAUAAGUUGUUUUGAUUGUCAUGAUGUUGGUCUAGUCUCCAAACUAGAUAAACUCUCCCCUCCCGAACAACUCCACAAGCUGAAUCUCCGUUUCUAUCCCGGGAAAAUAAGUCCUGUCUGGCUCAACCCAGUUUCACUUCCCAUGUUGCGAUAUCUUUCCAUGAUUUCUGGAAAUCUUGAAAAAAUGCACGAUUCCUUUUGGGGUGUUGAAAAUACAGUUUGGAAAAUCGAGGGGUUGGAGUGUGAAGCUUUAUCAGACUUGAAUGCGGACUGGUCCAUGGUUAGUCGAGUUAUGCCAUCCCUGAAAAUACUGAAUGUAAGUUGGUGUCCAGAGUUAGAUUCCUUCCCAGUUGAGAAUGCCGGAUUUAGGGGGGGCGCGUGGAAAAGGGAAGACGAGAGUUCCUGA